UCGCCAUUCGCCAUAGCUUGAAUCUUGCCUUCGAUAAGUACCCGCUCACCGGUCCCAAAUCCAUGCAACCGCCCUCUGCUCCGUCUCUCUGUUUCAUCCAUCAUCUACACCCUGGUCACAAUUUUGACAAUGAUCAAAUCAAAUCAUUGCAACGAUCCGCUUCCCACAGCGCUUCUUCGCAGGCAUGCCUCACAAGAAAACUAUCUCAAUAGAAGGCUUUCUCAAAUGUCAUCUCGCAAAAUGUCAAUCCUCAGCGCUAGCACAGGCACGGGGACCACCAAAAAGGCGGUGAAACGGAAGAUGGUGCAAGCACAGAGUCAGAAAAUCUUCUUUUGGGAAAUUGCGUCCGAGACAGCAAAUGAUGCAGUGCCCGAGGUCAUCGCAACUGAGGAAAACCACGAAAGAGCUCCUAUUCAAGAGCAACAAUCCACAUUUGCUCCACCAUCAGCUGCGGCACCCGACGAAGAACUGGGCGAGUCCAUCAGCAGUCGACACACAACAGCAAGCAGCUGCAGUACAUUGACAAACUGUUCAGCCUACAGCAAGUACAGCGCUGUCGGCAACGGCAGCACGGAAUCAACAAUAACCCGCUUUUCGCAUGACAAUCGGAUAGAUGAACUCAUGACUUGGGAAGUUGCUCUCUCCAUUGAUGAACCAUGAGGUGCAGUCUGGGGCGAUGAAUGAAGAACAUUAGAAAGGUGCAACUAUUGGGGGAGUUGGCCUGAUAGGCUACUGGUACGAUUUUGCCAAGCAACGCAAGGGC